AUGGCGACGGAGGAGGACAGCACAGUGAAGGAGCCGCUUGAUCUCAUCAGGCUCAGCCUCGACGAGCGCAUCUACGUCAAGCUCCGGUCCGAUAGAGAGCUCCGCGGAAAGCUACACGUAAGCUUGCCCUAGAUUAUUUUUCUGGUCUCUCGGGAGUGUCACAGGUCUCGAAACCUUCCGAAGUCUGAUUUCGAAGAGUGCUUAUUCACUCUUUCCAGGGUACGCGCACUUUGAUGAUGCUUGAAGCCUAGAACCCUACAAUCGAUGCCUAGUCGUUGAUUUUAAUUACAAGUAGCACCUGUCCUCCGCCCACCGCCCUCACUCCCCAUCAUUCUGUCCACCUUUGUUUGACUAAAAUCUAGGUUUAAAUUUGGUGGUGGAGGAAGUACUGUGGCUGUUUCGAAUGCUUCUGAACUACGCCGAGGAUACCCCAUUUUGUUUGUGACCAUGGGACGAAGUUAUUCGUCGAGAUCCUGUAAGUUGUUACUGAAUAAUUUUCUGUCGUCAUGUAGCCAACAGAGAAAAUGAGUACUCAUUCGUGGCUUUCUUUUGUCGAUACUUUCUUCUAAGGGUUUAUCGGGGACUAUGGUAGAAGUACAACGAAAAGAAGCUGCAUAAUAAAUAAAGCAAUUUUCAAUUUUCCUGUCGCAUGCGGAAUGCAGGUGUUCCGAUGAUAUGGGAGAAUUAAGUGGAUAAUUUUGUCACCCUUCACUUAGGAAUCCACUUUUUAGUAUGUGACAUAUGCAAGAAAAUUCCUAUCAAACGUCUAAUUGGAUAGAGGAGAAGAGCCGUGAGUCUACCAAUUGUGUCAUGAAUUUUGAUAACAUGUUGUUCUGGAGCAAUCUCUUCACAAAGAUGGCUGCACAUAUAUAUGCCUGUCAUUUUUAGAAUUUUUUUAAGAUACAGUAUUUGUUUAUUAACUCGGAAACGUUAAUGGUUCCGAUUCUUUAUGCCCCUUUUCUAGUCAAUUCUCUCUGAGUUUGAAGUUGUUUUGCGUGGUUGAUGGCGUACAUUUUAUUUUGCAAGGUUUUCAUUCUUAGCCGAUUAUUUUGCUCUUCCUUUCAGGCGUAUGAUCAGCAUUUGAACAUGAUACUUGGAGAUGUUGAAGAGACCAUCACUACAGUAGAAAUAGAUGAUGAAACAUACGAAGAGAUUGUCCGGGUACGCAUUAAACUUCUUCUCUCUCCCUCUCAGAACUUGGCUAAGAUCUAGAUUAGCAAAGGUGGAAGAUUUAAAAUUAAAAAAUAUAUAUAUCCUUAGACAAAAAAAGAAAAAAAAAAGCGCUCCGAAAUAUUCCCUUGACAUUUCACCGUUUGACCAUGUUUGUCAUGUAGAUCUCUUCUGAAAUUGCGGUCUAAGGGGUUAAAAGAAAAUUGAACAGUGUUUUGUCCGAGAAUAAAAGCUCGAUUAUGCUCUGGACUUUCUCUAGCCAGAAUUCAGCAUAAAGCCAGUCUUUCGAAAAUUUCCACUUGGGGAAGCUAAACCCAUUUGGCGUUGCCCUAAAAAUUGACGCCUAGGAUCUUGUGAUGAGUUAAUUGUAUGGGGUUCUCUCCAAUUCAGCAGAAACGGGGAUUAUUUAAUUAUUUUAAUUUGAGACAAACUGCAUUCAAACGAUAGUAUAAUGGAAGUCCUGCAUGCAAACUUGUGUUUCUUUAGUCUCAAUUUUAUCGGCGUGCUUUCAUUUAUGAGAAAAACACUGUUUGGAUGAACUUUGCAUAGUUGAUUCUUCUUGGAUUUAUACAACUCCCCUUUUUUUUAGAACACUUGGUAUGAAGAAACUCCGAUGCACCGACCUGUCUCAAUAAGUCAGCUUGAUAAGGUGGAAUCAUCCAUAUUAGGGAGUCAGAACUACAAUACAUCACUGGUCGUAAUCCUAAAGACCAGUGAACCCUGUCAAAGAUCCUCGACGCAGAACCUCUUAAAUUUGACUCCUCUUAGGAAGAGAAAAACUUGUUCUUUAGCUUGUUCUCCUCAUCUUUGUUAGCUGUAUUCCUUGAGUAGCAGUCCCAUGCGGGCACCCAGACUAAUGGCGCUCCUGUGAUCAAGAUGGGAGAAAAUCUGGUGCCAAGUUCAUUCGUGAAAUGAUCAUCUGGCCAUAUUUCUUUUUAGAAUCGGAUUCCCAUGCCAGAACAUUCAUAUUUCGAACCAAGUUUGGCAUGGGAUGAACCACCUGUUUUUUUUUUUUUUUUUCCUUAUUCCGUAAAAACAGUGUGAUGCUUGGCAGCAGACAGAUGCUCAGUCUUCUUUUCUUUGAUGGGGCAAAUAAAAUGAGCUAUUUUCUAUAGUUGAGGCCAUGGAUCUUAGUUUUAUGUGGAUCGCAUUGCUGGAAGAACAUGUAACAUAUUUGCCUUGUUUGCAUGAUUUUUGUGAUCUUGCAGACCACGAAGCGCAACAUGCCGUUCCUUUUUGUGCGAGGAGAUGGAGUGAUUUUGGUUUCCCCUCCACUGAGGACGGCUUAG